GAGGAACACAGAGCGCGCGCUGCAGAAAUGCUUUCAGUUUUGAGAUUUGGUCUGGGUGUUUACUUUUAAGUAAACCAAAUAUACAUUAAUAUGCAUUUUAGUAAGAUACAGUUAACGCUUUGCCGAAAACAAAGAGAAACUACGUGACUGCAUGUAUUAAGAAACGUGAUAAAGUUAAACGGGAAUAAGCGAGUAUCGAAAUAAAUACAAGAGUCGAACAACACGAUCCAGAAGCGAUUCUCCACAUCGCAGGAUGCGACUGGCAGGACUGCGAUCUGACCAGUCAAGAAUUACUCGAGAACCCCAAUUCAUAUCCAAAAGGAAAGUGCCAUUUUAUCCACCUCAGGUAUCCAGUUCUUUCCAAUGGGAAGGGCGUGGUUCAGCUCCACAGCGUCAGGAGAAGAGCAGGUCUGUCACACCUGUGCUCAGAGCCACUAGUGCAGAAAGAGAGGCAACGACCCCUCUUGCCCCAAGAGAUUCCGUGCCACCAGAGGGCACCGCUGCACCGUCCCAUCAAUUACAAGCAGAGGCACAAGCAGCUCAGACAUCCACUGCUGCAGACCAGCAGAGAAUAAAUGGAAUUAACCAUGCACUGCGGAAGAAAGCGGGACUAAGGUCUGAGCGACAGAGAAAUGUUCAUUUGACCUCAGAGUACCAGAGACAGUUCAUGUGGAAAACGCCUGUGGCCGAUUCGCCCCUGCUUGCUGCGCAUGAGAUGUUGUACAGUAACAAUAGAGCCAUCCCACCCUUCAAAUCAAACCCAGUAAUUAUGGAGAGCGAGUAUAAGAGAAGUUUCAAAGGAUCCCCUCCUCCCAGACCACCGCGCUUGAGGCGAGAUGUUGAACAAUAUGAAGUCCCUCUGCUUCAUACAGAGAACACAACCCCAGAAAAGAGUAAGAGGAAGAAAAAGAAGAAGGAGGGACAACACAGCAGGAAGUCAAGCCCCGAAGAGGAUGUCACUCACCUACAGAAACAGAAAAUGAGGUCACCUUGUGCCCUGAGAGACCCUUCACCCAAGCCUAUGAGGAAAGUGAAAACUGAGUACAGAUCCAACUUCCGUUCUCCCCUUCAGUACAGCUACAAAGAUGGAGCAUGGGUGAAGGCCAGAACUGCAGAGGAGGAGGAGUGUGAUGGUUUUUACGAGUGGUAUCAUGAGGUGCGGGAGCUACGUGAGAAGGCAGAGGCCUACAGGAAACGAGCCUGGGGAACUCAUUUUUCUCGGCAACACCUGAAUCAGAUCCUGUCAGAACAAAACUGGAUGUGGGAGCCUUCCAGCGGCACCUCCACAUCCUCCAUUGAAUCUGAGGCCUGCAGAAGUACCAGUAGCAGCCCUAUCAUUGAGGCUCUGGACCUGGCCAGGGCUGGCAGUCCCAGGGGAAGCUCUAGCCCUGGACCUUCUGCUUCUGUGGCAGCCAGCAGGAGAAGCUCUCCAGGAGAGGCGGGUCUUCAUGAGGACCCCACCCUCCCUGUGCAGAGGAAGUUGGCUUGGGAUGAAGAAGAGGGACAUGGAGAGAGAGAUGAGUCUGAGAUUGCACAAGAAGAGUUCACAGUUGAACAAAAUGAGGGGAAUCCAAAAGAUGAGCAUAGGAACAUAAAGGAGAGAAAUGAGAGGUUGCAGCAGUUGGAAACUGAGUCAUCAUUGGUGGUGGAGGGGUCUUGUGGUUCCAUUAAUGGGGGCAGAUUACCAACCCCUAAACUCAAGACCAUGCAGACUGUCCAAAGAACACAUCACGAUCGGACAACUCCAGCCACUGGAGGAGCUUUGCUUGUCUCUCCUCCGAAGAUCAAACAUUCCUCCAGGAAAUUGAGGAGUGAGCCACCUUUAGGAAAACCUCACUCUCCUUAUAAACGUAUCAUAGAUAGCUCUCCGCCGCGGCUACACAGUAAGGCUGAGAAUGGAAUCUUGCCACGUUCCUCACCGGCCGCUGACCUAACCACCAAAGAUCUACUUCCAAUGCGUGAAGAUGACUGGUCUGAGGAUGAGGUAGCGGCAGACUACAUUCAUCCAAGACAAUCCAAACCAUCAAAAAAACAACAGACCAGCCACUAUCACAAAGCUGCUGUCCCUCCAGUUGCCAACAGAAUUCAGGGCAUGAUGAGAAACCCGGAGUUUCAGCAUAAUGGUAACCUGGGAAUUUUUCGGCCAGAACUCUUUGUGUUUCCUGAAUCUGAAUCUGGUGUGUCAGAUAAUGAUGAUAAGAUGUCUCAGAUCUCAUCUAGAUCAGCAGCCUCAUGUUCUGUGGCCUCUGAGCUCUUGGGCCGUGCUCAGAGAAGGAAGGAGGAAUUCUGGGGAAAGAGCUAAUGUGUUCAAAGCCCGUUCAUCAGCUGUACACUGACUGAAAAAUAACCACUGACUUCUCAGGAUGUAAACAUGAAAUGUAUUUCUCCCAAUUUUAAAAAUCAGAUUUUUGUGUGAUUUGCAUUUGUGAUAGUCUGGUAUUUAAAAUGAAGAAAAAAAGAUUUGUAAAUUAUUUUAUUUACUUACAUUUUUAAUAUGACUAGACCAGUAUUGUGUGCUCAGUAAUGGUUUUGCUAAUUAAACACUAUAACUUAGUCUGCAAAAAAAAGUAAUAAAAAUACAUUUUUGUACAAUGA